AUGGCGGCCUGUGCCAUCUUGACAUUUGUUGCGCACGUAUUCCGGGCACGCGAAGAUGACAGGGCAGAACUGAUGCAUGACUAUCUUUGGGAAUAUGGCCUGUUGUGGCAAGGUCAGGGGUUCGAACCUUUGGUCGAAUGGGAAGCAGGUUUCGCGUUGGGCGAGAACGAUGGCACCCGUAGACCUUCGCCUGAGUUUUUGAACAUCUUGGAUGACCUCGGCCUCGCUGUGUGGCUCGAGGCCAACGAUGACUUCGCCAACUUGCCACAGUUGGACACGACGCAAGGACGAUUCCUUGCGUAUAACGACGGAAUGUUCUUUAAGGCCCUCCGCAAACUCAAACAAGGCGUGAGGGUACAUAGCACCCCAUCCGAGAGCUUUCAGCGCACCCUCGAAACGAAAGCGACACUUGAAACCGACGCCCCAUCUCAUGAGACCAAUGACUUUGAGUUGAAGACUGUCAGGGUGGAUUCUGCUGCUUGCGUCGCAUUCCCGCAGCAACGUGUACGAUGGGUACUAGGCCAUAUACAGGGCCCUCCGACGCACAAUUCCGCACACUCGGAACAUAGUACAGAGGGUGGGGAAUGCACUCACUAUGGAGGGCAAGCGGGAGCGUCCUCGGCUGUUACAUGCAAAGCGCUCGUAUGCCGGACGCCGGAGGCGCAGAAGUCGACGGGUGAUAUGGCAAAGUCGGACGAAGCGUAA